AUGGUUUCUGCCACUCAAUUGCAAAGACAGUAUGCCGAGUAUACAACAUCUUUGUAUCAUGAGGGAUAUCUUAAUGAUCAAUUCACGCAACUUCAGAAGCUGCAAGAUGAGAGUGACCCAGACUUUUUGGUUGGGUUGGUGUCCGUUUUCAUAGAUGACUCGAAAAAGCUUCUUGACACUUUGACAACUGCUUUUCAACAGAAGACGGUGGAUUAUAAACAAGUUUCUCUUCAUGUUCACCGCUUCAAGGGUAGUAGUUCCAACAUAGGGGCACAACGACUCAUGCGUGUGUGCGUUCUCUUUAUAAACUACUGCAAGGAGAAAAAUCUUGAUGGGUGUUUAUGGUGUCUUCAGCAAGCAAAUCACGAAUACAUUCUUGUUAGGAGCAAAUUCAAAGCCUUGUUUAAGUUGGAGAAACAGAUAUUGAAAGCUGGUGGAUCAAUCCCUAUGAUGGAAUAGGUUUUUACUUUCCAAAGUAUUAUGUGAUAUCGUUACUAUUUUUUAUCAUCUGAAAAACUUGUGGGUUUAUACUUGAGAUCUCAGUAUCAAGUUGUUAUGUCUGAUUAGAACGUUGUUUCUUGUGUGAAUGAGCCACCUUAAUUAAUGUGUCUUGGAGUCUUGGUGGGGUCAACUGUGAUGGUUUGUGGUGUCAGUUUUCUAUGGUUUUUUGGAUUUCAUUUUGCAUUAAUACUUUGUUCUACAAUUUUAAUUGAUUUGUCAGCGAGAUGAUAUGGUAUAAUUGUUGUAUUAGUUUCUUUUGUUAAUGGAGAACAGGUC